AUGGCAAGUUCAAGUAUCUCAGAGGCGCAACUUCAACAAUUUUUCAAUGCCAUUGAUACGGAUCGUACCAAUAGUCUCAGUCCGACUGAGCUUCAACAAGCUCUCCUUUUGAAUACUGAUGGUUCCCCUUUCAAUCUUGAUACUAUACAACUUUUGUUCAACAUGUUUGACUUUGACCGUAGCGGUAGCAUUCAUUUCCAAGAAUUUGCAGGCCUAUGGCGUUACGUUGAAGAAUGGAAGAAGAUAUUUGCAUCUUUUGAUCGUGAUAAUAGCGGAACAAUCGAUACCUCAGAGUUGAAAAAUGCUUUACUUGCAUUCGGAUUUAAUGUUAGUGAUCGAUUCUUAGAUAUUAUAGUGAGAAAAUAUAAUUCCAGGCAUCGAGCUCCUGGUGUUCCAAAGAACUCACCGCAACAUAAUGCAGCUGUAAAUUUUGAUAAUUUCGUUCAAAUCUGUGUUACGAUGAAAACAUUGACAGAUAGAUUUAGAGCUCUGGAUAAUGAUGGUGAUGGGUGGGUAAAAAUUAAUUAUGAACAAAUGUUGGAACUUAUUCUGAAAAGUUUAUGA